AUGGGCGACCCCGGAACAAGGAGGAGGGGGCAUCGGCCACGGCGGCGCCGGCGCCCGUCCUCUUGGCCCCUCCUGCCGGACCACCUCGUGGAGGACAUCUUCACGCGGCUGCCGCCCAAGUCCGUCGCCGUGUCCCGCUGCGUCUCCCCGUCCUGGAACCGCCUCAUCUCCUCGCCCGCCUUCGGGCGCCUCUACCACAAGGCCAAGGCGGCGGAGGCGGCGUCCGAUCCGGCCAGGUUCGUCUCCGUCCCGGUGAACCCACACCAGCACCGGCACCAGCGCGCCACCAAGGUCUGGCUCGAGAGUGACGUGAUGCCCAAGGAUUCUGCGUGCGUGGAGUGCCCCAGGGUGUUCGCCGGCGCCGGCAUGCCGUGCCACGGCGUGGUGCUCGCCGGCAGGCCGUGCCGGGGGGAGUUCUUCGUGUGCAAUCCCUCCACCGGCGGCGUGCUGCUCCUCCCGCCGCGCCGCCCGCCGUGGUACUUCUACAGCGCCGGCCUCGGCUACGACGCGGGCGCCGGGAAGCACAAGGCCGUGCUGCUCGAGCGCGUCGGCGGCCUGCCGCCGGUGCCCAAGCGCUGGGAGAUCCCGAGGCUCCAGUGCAACGUGGUCACCGUCGGCGCCCGCCAGUGGCGCUGGCGGGCGCCGCGAGGCCGGAGGACGCCCAUCAUCUGCGAAGGCUCGCUGGUGUCGGACACGACGGACCCGCUGUUCGCCGACGGGCGCCUCCACUGGAUGCUCACGGAGCGGGCUGCAGACGGCGCCCAAGGUGACCUCGACGGCAUCCUCGCUUUCGUCCUCGGCAACGAGUCCUUCAAGCGCAUCCCGCUGCCGCCUCUUGCACUGCCGUCGGCUGACCACCCGCCAGGUUAUCCGCCGCCAUUGGGUGCGACUCUAGCCGAGCUCGACGGCCGCCUCUGCUUGCUGCAAGACCUCCGUCGCCGCAAACACGGUGUCGCUUUGUUCGAUCUUUGGAUGCUCCGGGACUUGACGUCCGGGUCCUGGUCGCUGGAUCGCCGCAUUGAUCUGAAGCCCCAUGUAGACAAGGAACUGAUGCUGCCAUUGCACGUUUCCGUGCUCUGCUAUGUCGGUGGUGAGAUCCCCGCCAAGAGUAAGAAGAAGAUACUUCUUGCGACCACCAUGGGGAGGGUAUACUUGUAUGAUCAAGACACCGGAGAGCUGCACACCGUGGCCAAGAAUAAGGGCUGCGCAAAACAGUACAUGCGCCUUGUGCUUUACCAGGACUGCAUUGUCCAAUUUGAUGGCAUGGAGUAUGGCAAAGAAGACAUCAAGUUCAAGCUUGUCACGGAGGAAAGCAACUCUGAACCUGGUGUGGCGUUCCAUUCAGAGGUUUAA